UUAGAAUGUGAAAAUAUUGCAGAAAUUGUUAUUAUAAAUUAAAUUAUGAAUACGUUUUGUGUAUUACAUUACUAUAGAAAGUUUAUUAGACAUGUUUCGUAUAGAAAAUAUUGUUCUGCAAGCAAAUUUAAAGACAAAAAUAGUAUCGAAAAAAUUCGUAACAUAGGAAUCUUAGCGCACAUCGAUGCUGGCAAAACAACAACAACUGAACGCAUGUUAUUUUAUUCGGGUACUAUAAGGUCAAUGGGAGAAGUGCACCAUGGUAACACGGUCACUGACUACAUGGAACAGGAGAGGCAGAGAGGAAUUACCAUUACUUCUGCAGCAGUAUCUUUCCCAUGGAAGGAUCACCAGAUAAAUUUAAUAGAUACUCCGGGCCACAUAGACUUCACAAUGGAGGUGGAACAGAGUCUGGCGGUGUUGGAUGGUGCUGUUGUAGUUCUGGAUGCUUCUGCUGGUGUAGAGGCCCAGACCCUUACAGUUUGGAGACAAGCUGAUGGUCACAGAGUUCCUCGUAUACUAUAUUUGAAUAAAAUGGACCGGACUGACUCUGAUGUUAGCAUAUGCCUUAACUCCAUACGAGACAAGCUCCGAGUUGAACCUUUGUUGUUACAUUUGCCCAUCCGUCAAGAAGAUAAACUUAUAGGCUUAGUAGAUCUUAAUACAUUAGAGGAAAUUAUUUGGACACAGGGAAGAGGUCAACACUAUAAUCGUAGAAAGUUAACAGAAAAGGAUGGACAAAAAUGGGAAAAAAGCAUGUCACUUCACAGAGAACUAAUAGAUAAUCUUUCCUCAAUAGAUGAUCAGCUAGCAGAGGCCAUAAUCCAGCAGGAGACCUUGGAGAAUAUCGAGAAUAAGCUUGUGGAAGAAGCGUUGAGAAGGUCCACUUUAGAUAUGAAGGCAUUUCCAAUACUGUGCGGCAGCUCCUACAAGAAUAUUGGGGUUCAGACUCUGAUGGAUGCUGUAACGUCAUAUCUACCCUCACCAUUAGAUUGCAACACAGCAUACCAAUGCUUUGAGUCAGAUCUAUCAGCUCGAGCAUUCAAAGUUCAGCACGAUGAUCAGAGAGGUGUCCUAACAUUUCUGAGGCUAUACAGUGGAGAGAUCACCAAAGGACAGAAAAUAUAUAAUGUGGCCAGGGACAAAACUGAACAGACAGGAUACCUGUAUGUGGCACUGGCUGAUGAGUACAAACCAGUGGAAAAGGUGACUCAAGGGAAUAUUGCUGUUGUCAGUUCACUUAAGUCAACGAUGACUGGGGAUCUAGUGACGACGUCGGCGGCGGCGGCGACGCGCGCGCGCACGGCGCUGACGGCGCAGCUGCGGCAGCCGGCGCGCGCGGACGCCCUGCUCACGCCCGCCGCCAGACACAAGCUGCCGCUCGAUGCGGACCACACGCCGGAGGAUAUCGCCGAUGUGCUGCUAGGGAUCGGUACAACGAUCCCGGAGCCGGUGUUCUUCUGCUCUGUGGAGCCGCCGAGCGCGGGGCAGGCGCAGGCGCUGGAGUCGGCGCUGGCGGAGCUGGCGCGCGAGGACCCCAGCCUGCGCGUCGACGCCGACCACGACACCGGACAGCUGCUGCUCGCAGGUAUGGGCGAGCUGCACCUGGAGGUGAUAAAGGAGCGGAUAGUCCGCGAGUACGGCAUCGAGGUGGAGCUGGGCCCGCCGCAGAUCUCGUACCGCGAGGCGCUGGUGGGCGGCGCCCGCGUCGCGCACGCCGUCGACCGCAAGGUGGGCGGGGCCCGACAGCUCGUCAACCUCACCAUGUCCGCCAAACACGUCAAGGGCGUGCCCCAGGAUAAAGUGCUCAAACUGGACAAGAGCGCGGAGAGCGCGUCGAACCUGUCACACGCGCAUCCGCGGUACCUGACCGCCGUGCGCGCCGGCCUCAAUGCCGCCUUACGCCACGGGCCGCGCCUUGGCUGCCCGCUGGUGGACGUGCAGGUGACUUUGCACUGGCUGGAGGUGGGGCGCGGCACCGCCGACUCCGCCGUCAGCGCCGCCGCCGCGCACUGUCUGCGCAAGGUGUUCGGAGAGGCGGGGUCGGUGCUGCUGGAGCCGGUGAUGCGGCUGGCGCUGGUGGUGCCGGAGUCGCACGCCGCACGCGUCAUGGCCGACCUCGCGCGCCGCCGCGCCGACCUGCGCGACGUGCAGCUGCGACACGGGAACAAGGUGGUGGAGUGCGUGGCGCCGCUGAGCGAGCUGGUGGGGUACUCGUCAGCGCUGCGCACGUUGUCCUCCGGCCUGGCCACCUUCACCAUGGAGCUGCUGAGCUACCGCGAGGUGCCGCCGCAGUACGAGCAGCAGGCCGUUACCAACAUCACCGGCUUCUAGGGCAUUUUCGGAACCGUCGAGCAGAUUGCUUCUACAGCUUGAUAUUUGUGAGUGACCUAUGCUGUUUGGUACAGGGUACUGCGUCUCAAUGCUCCUAUAAUGUCGGUUCAGUUAACGCGCUAAGUGCUGACUCAUUCGCAUAGGUGCCAAAUUAUCCGGGUGCAAGCCAGCCUGAAAACCUAAACUAGAUUCGAAAAUGAUUGCCUACUGGCUCUUGUACUGGUAGUACAUACGAACGUUGUUUCUACAUUUUGUUACAAUAGGAUGACAAAGAUCUUUACGCCUCUAGUCCACCGACGCUGCGAACUGCG